UGCCGCUGGAGCAUCCGGGGCUGCGGGGGAACCACCGCUGGAGCAUCCGGGGCUGCCGGGGAACCACCGCUGGAGCAUCCAGGGCUGCGGGGGGAGCUGCCGCUGGAGCGGCGGGAAGCACCGCUCCCCACUGGAGCAUCCGGGGCUGCGGCGGGAACCACCGCUCCCGGGGACCCCGGCGCCCCACGGGGCGCAGCAUGGAGAGCCCCGCGGUGACCUUCACGCUGGCCUACCUGGUGUUCGCCGUGUGCUUCGUGUUCCCGCCCGACGAGGUGCGCUCGGCGGGGCUGACGGUGCAGAGCCUGCUGUCCGCCUGGCUGGGCAGCGAGGACGCGGCCUUCGUGCAGUACCACCUGCGGCGCAGCACCGGCACACUGCUGGCGCACUCCCUGCUGCCCCUCGGUUAUUACCUUGGUAUGUGCUUUGCUGCACCUGAAAAACAUCUUUGUUUUUUCUACCUGGCUUCAAAAGAGUGGAAAACUUUCUUCUUCUUUGCCGUUCUCCUGCCAGCAAUCACCAGUGCCCUGGCAUAUUACUGGUCACGGAAAGGUUGGAAUAAUCAUCCACUAGCCCGGACACUCGCUGUUCAUGCCCUCCCACAGUCAGGCUGGAGGGCAGUGGCUUCUUCCAUCAACACAGAAUUCAGGAGAAUCGACAAAUUCGCUACGGGAGCGCCAGGAGCCAGGGUGAUUGUCACGGACACGUGGGUGAUUAAAGUGACCACCUACUGUUUACAUGUUGCCCAGCAGCAGGACAUUCACUUGACGGUGACAGACUCCAGACAGCACGAGCUCACCCCAGACUCCAACGUGCCCGUGCAGUUCCUGACCAUCCGCGUUGCCAGCGUUAAUCCCUACGUCAAGGCGUUCGAUAUCCGGUUGAACUCCACAGAGUAUGGGGAGCUCCGGGAGAAGCUCCGUGCUCCGAUCAUCAAUGCAGCUAAUGUUGUCAUCCAUCAAAGCCUUAGUGAUUUAUUUUUAGAAACCUUUACAUCUCUGGUGGAAAUAAACCAGACAUACCACGUUCCAAGCACUCAGGAGCUGGAGCCCUGCAUAGGCUGUAUGCAGACUAUUGCCAACAUCAAGCUCAUCAAGAACUGCCAGGAGCCCAACGAGGGGGAAUGCCAGCAGUGCUACUGCCGGCCCAUGUGGUGCCUCACCUGCAUGGGCAAGUGGUUUGCCAGCAGGCAGGACCAGCAGCACCCCGAGACCUGGCUGUCCAGCCAAGUGCCUUGCCCGACUUGCCGAGCCAAAUUUUGCAUCCUAGAUGUUUGCCUAAUACGAUGAGUAGUGAACUGAGUAUGUUUUAACUUUUUAAAUUUGACUGUGUUUCAUAGUGGCUUUGGUUUCUGAGACUUCAUGUUUGACCAGGGUACAAACUCUAAAGGUUUCUUUUACAGUGUUGAAAACAGAUGUAAAUCUUUUCAGUUCCUUUCCACUUUUACCUUAUCUGUGGAUUUUACUCACAUGAUGUCAGCUUCUGGAUUUUAAUUUUCUUUAAACCCCUGUUUUCCUUUCUUACAUUUUGGAUGGAAUAAGGUUAUCCUUCUAUAUUUGCAGUACUGUUGUUUUUUCAGGUUUUAACGUAGGUUAAAUUCUUUAUAUUUUUAAAUUCUUUAUAUUUUUAAAUUUAACUUGGGUUUUGAUUCUUUAAUAAAGGGCUAACUGAGAAAAUUGCUUUGGUUAGACUUCAUUGCUACUUUUGUUAUUCUUUAAUCCAGUUGUAAAAUUAUUAUUAAUCUUUGCAGUUGUUUUUCAAACAAGUGCACCAGUUGUGUUCCUUCAGCUGGAAGGAGGUAUUUCCACUACAUCUACCACAAAGGGUUGCAGUAGGCUGAGAAAUGUAAUCCCUGAAGAUUUACAAGUCCUGUAUGGACCUUUUAUUCCAUUAAUUUGCCUCUAGCAUACCUUUUGAUGGAUGACUUUAUUUCAAACAGAAAGGAUUUGUCAACCCAUUUACCUACACUGCUAAUACAUGGUUAAAAUCUAUUGGUUUCCAGGAGCUACAUUGCUUAGGGUUUCAGUGUUCUUUAGGUGAUGGGACUUUUUUUACAUACAUUUGAAGGGAGUGCAGCAAACAUCUGAGCUCUAAUUUGUAAAUAAUUAUCACAGGUGGGUCAAACAGAGAAAGGAGUACUUUAAAGCUUUGGUCUACAAGAAUAAAACCUCUUAAUACCUCUUACCUGAAUAAUCACAAGGAUCUUACCAGUAAAUCAUGGGCAGAGGUGGCAUGCCAGUGAUUACCUGACAACCUCUUGAUUACCAUGACAGGCAACCGGUUUGAGCAGGAACAGGUGGCAGGAUGUAAAAAUGGUACAAGUAUUGGAAUCACAACCAUGAAACAUUUCAUGAGUCUCAGCUGAGCUACAGGUGGUGAAUGCACCUACCUGCACUUGCAACCAGCCAGGAAAUGGUUACAGAUGUGGCUGCAAGCAAGAAUUCAUAGAGGGGUAAAGAACUGAAGACAGAUCUGACAGCAUUGCUUGAAAACUAACAUUUAAUUGUUGGAUUUUAACUUUGGGAUUUUUAAAUAAUAUUCAUUUGUAAAAAUCCAAACUGGUUGAGGUAAAGAACAUUCAUUGCUUCAGCAUAUCUCAGUUGCUUCAUAUACAACAUCUACUAUGCAAUUAAGUAAAUUACCUGUUAAUAAUAGUGGCUUCUGUUUUCCAUUACCUGCUGUUUUGGAUUGUAUGGAUGUACAGAGUGAAAAUUUGAUACUGAGACAGGUUGUGUGGAUUUAUCUCCUUUCCCAGAGAUCUUCAGUGGCAUGUCACUCUUCAUCUGAAUAGAAUUAAAUGGAGUUCUGGAGUUUCAGACAGAUCUGUUGGUAAAUAUGAAAAAUAAUAAAAAAAAUGUAGGAGUCAAUUAGCAAUUGAAUUUAAAAUAUUUUCUUAGUACUUCUGUGGGAAAGUUAUUUCCAGAUUUAAAAUGGUCUCUGCAGGAUUUUUUAACCUUUGGAAGGGUCUUGCAGGGCAGGGUGGUGUUGUCUCACAUGCACCUAUCACUACACAGCAGCCUUCACAAAUAAGCAUUUUGUAACAUUUGCUUCUGGAAAGUUUACAUAAUGUGGCACUGAUACAAGGGAUUGGCCCUUGAAAUUGUUGCAGAAGAGAGGGUAGGAUUUUGGAGAUGUAGUUUUCCCACCCCCCAUUCAGCUCCCACAGCACUUCGUCUGUUCAGAAUACAAAUGUUCAUUGUAAAGAAUGUGAGGCUAAAAUCAUAAAAGGCCUUGAGAAUCUCAGAUGCUGGUAGUUGCAGAUGGGUUUAUAGACUAAAGCCAGGUCAGUUGUCAAUAGUAUCUCAUGUAAUAAAAGCUUUAAAUGCCUAAUUUCUAUUAUAGUGGAAUCUAUUCUGAGUUGACUCGAAGUUUUCACUUCAGUGGAAUUUUGCUUUUGUUCAUCCUACCUCUUUCCUCAAUAUAAAAGUACAACAGAGUAACAGUCAUAAAUGUUUCAUACCUUUGCAUCUUUUAAUGCACAGAAGUGCCUCUUAGAAAACUUAGUAAUUACCAAAACAAAAUUAUGAUUUAUGUUAAUGAUAGUACCUGACUUAUAUUCCUUAAAACAAGUCGUUUUCCCUAAGUUUAAGUUCUCAAAGUAAUCUGGCAUGCCUCUGACAUUUGUGAGCUUCUUAAAGGCUGUGUUAAAGAAACAACUUGUUAAAAAUCCAUAUGAAGAUGAAAAUAAUAGAGUACAAAAAUAGGCAUUUGUUAGUGUGAUAACUUCAUCUAAAGAGCCACAAAAGCAUUUCUUUAAGGUCCCUUCCAACUCAGACCUUUCUCUGAUAAUAUAAAACUUGCUAGACUGCAGCUAAGCACCAUUCCCUUCAGGACAAACCUCAGUAAGACUGAGGUUCUCAGUGCCAUUUUUAAAUUUUUAAAUUUUAAAUGUUUGUGGACUUUGAGCUGUUUAAGGAGUUGAGAUAUAAAUACUCAAGCUCUUACAUGGAUUACAAGACAUUUUCUUCUGAAGACAUCCUGCAGGAUUUCUUAUUUGUGGUUUUUGGGGUUGGUGGGGUUUUUUUGCUUGAUAGCUUGCCUGUUUCAAAUGAACAGUAUUGUUUGGAUAGCCCUUAGGGAAAACGCUUAAUGAAUACAUGCAGUUAAUCUUAAAACCCUCUGAAGAGCUCAAUAAAAAUACAGUCAGUUCUUUGUAA